GUUUUCUAUCGGAGUUAUUGGAGUUUUCGGAGUAACUGGAGUCACUUUCCCACGGAGUUUCUUUUACCCUUUUUACGCAGGAUCAAACUUUUCACCGCAUUGUAACACGUCGUACUCAAUAAAAACUGGAAUGAGACGGAUGUGUAUAUGUGGUUGACACUCAACGUAAUCCCAACACUUGGGUACGCGACAGUGAAAAGUUUGAUCGACGUAAAAAGGUAAGCCGUAACUAGUUUAACGCGGAGCCUGAGCGUAUCAACAAUGGCAUGCCGAAGCGACGUUCCGCCGAAUACCAGCGAAACCAAGGAGUCCGGAGCUAGGAAGAAAAGAACAGUAAAACCUACGCCAAAGGCUCUACAAAACGCCAUAGAUAGUAAACGUAAAGAAUUAAGUAAAUCACGUAAAGAGCUCCUGAGGGUUAUGCAAUCGGUAGAGCAAAGUGCUAGUCAUGAAAGUGAAAUCGGAACCGCAGCGCGCGACCUCGCGACAGCGUCCGAAAAUUUCGGAAGAAUGAUGAAAGAAUUGCUUGACCUGUACGAUCAAGACUUGUAUGGGGACUACACGAAAGAGACCCAGCUUGUGGAGGAAAACGAAACUUUAAAACGCGCCCUCCUCCUUGUCGAAAAGACAAAAAAAUAGAUUAAGUAAGUCGAGCAAAUAUUUGGAGACACGAUCCGUCGCUAGUCGUUCAUCUCGCCUUUCAUCUGCCUCAAAAUCUAGCAGCACGAUGGCUAGGCUACAGGCGCUGGCCGACGCUAAAGCAGCCAGAGAAGAAGCCCAGUACGCUCGACUCAUAGCGCAAAAGGAACUCGAGCGAAGGACGCGCGACGCUGAAGCGGAACGAACUCGUCAACAGGAAAUCGCACAGUUUGAGUCCGAGAUGGCGAUCUUAAGUGCAGAUAAAAAGGCCGCGAUAGCAAACGCUAAGCUCGAGGUUUUCGAAGACGCCCGCCGAUUGGAGGAAAAUUUGGAAAGAGAGUCACAAUUACGGGACUUCGAAGUCCCCGAAAUUAAAAUGGAGCAUCGCACAUCACGAUGGGUGUACUCUUCUCCCACACUUAGCCCCCCACGCGCGGAAAAUGCAACGCGUUACGAGCGUGAACACGAUCCGCGAGACACAACGGAGCCAACAAAACCACUAUCACCGGCCGCCCCGAAAUUUGAGUCCUUAAAAAAAAUGUCUCAGCAGCCAAAACCUCCCGACCCAAACCCAGAUCCACCAAGCCAGAAUUCUACUAACGAAGAUCGCAGAACGCAUCAAAACACGGCCUUCAAUCGCCGACCGCUGAUGACUUCGACACCUUUCCGAGACGUCACCGGAAGCCAGCUAAUCGACUCUCUCACCGCAGUGAAUCAACAGAUAGUCGCAGGCCUGGCUAGGCAAAACCUCCCAAAGUGCCAACCCGAUGUGUUCUCUGGAGAUCCUUCCCUCUUUCACCCUUGGAAGAGUGCCUUCAAAGCCAUGCUGAUAGACACCGAUGUGUCCCCGAUCCAGGAGAUAAAUUAUUUGAGGAGUUUCACCAGCGGACCCCCACAGCGCCUGGUCGACAAUUACAGAAAGCGGCAAAUGCGCGAUCCCGUCGCGUUGCUAAGAGAUUUAUGGGCGGAACUCGAGAAACGCUUUGGCAGCGCAGCAGUGAUCGCCAACGCACUUCUGGAACGCCUGCGAAGUACAGCGACAUUCAGCGAACACGAGCACGUCAAACUGCAGCAGUUUGCAGAUCUCUGCGCGGACAUCGAAAGUCAAGUGACAUUUCUCCCAGGACUCGAAUGCCUUGACUACCCAAGCGCUAUUCAACCCAUAGCUGAGAAGCUACCGAAAUCCAUCCGCGCUAAAUGGGAGAAGGAGAUCUCGAAUUAUUCCGACAGCCAUCGAGGGAUGUACCCCCCUUUCUCAAGAUUCUCCAAGACCGUCCAGGAGCAAGCUAAGAUUAAGAACAACCCCAAUGUCCUCGCUGGUAAAGAAACGAUCCCUUCCCAAGUUCCCCCGCAGAGACAGCGCGGAGGAAGAGACAAUAGAUCGUUGAAAACAGAAGUCCGGCCCCCAGCUGGAAACAAAGUAGCACCAGGAAAAAGCAAGAUGAAGAGCAAACAUUGCCCCUAUCACGAGAGCGGUGCGCACGACCUGUCAGAGUGCGUUGCCUUCGCGGCGAAAUCCCUGGAAGAGCGCACACAGUGGAUAAUGAGCGCUCGCCUGUGCCUUCGCUGUCUCAGCAACGCCCAUAUCGCGAGUGAGUGCGACACACCCAUACAGUGCACCAUCUGCGGGGACAAGCGCCACAGCGCCUUACUACACAAGGACAGGCGGCCAACCCCCAGACCGGAUAACGGAGCUGUGAACCCCAAAUGCACUACACUCUGCGAACCAACAGGAGGACUAUCCUGUAGCAAGACUCUGCUAGUCGAUAUCUUCAACAAGCGCACCCCCCACAUCACGAUGCGCAUCUACGCAGUCGUUGAUGAACAGAGCAACAGCUCCCUCAUCACCAGUGAACUAGCGGAUGACUUAGGAGCAAGCGGUCCUUUAGAGAAGUACUUCCUGUCCACGUGCAGCGGCGACCGGGAAGAGAAAUACGGGCGGCGAUUGACAGGCGUCGCCGUACGUUCCACAAACGGAGCAGAGUUCACCCUACCUACCCUCACGGAGUGCGACAACAUCCCCCAGGACAAGCGUGAGAUCCCGACAUCAGCUAUGGCGAGGAGGUUCCCGCACCUAUCGCUCAUAGCGAACGAGAUACCUCCGUUGGAUGACACCGCUGACGUUCACCUGCUUAUCGGCCGCGAUGCACCAGAGCUACUUAAAGUGAGGGAAUCAAGAAAUGGCCCCAGUGGAGCCCCCUGGGCACAACGUCUAGCCCUCGGCUGGACCAUCAGUGGCCAGCUCUGUCUCGACUUCCCCAGCGGUCCAGCCCACGUUCUUACCCGCCUGACCAGUCUGUCCACCGACACUCGGAGAAGGCAAGAAGGUGAAGGCAAAUGCUAUGAAUUGGUCCCCUGCCCGAAUCAAUUCAAAGUCACGGAUCCCCCCUUGGAGCGCGCCGCCGAUGGUGUCUUCAAAACCACACGGCAUGACAACGAGCCCAGCCUCUCCCUUGAGGACCGCACCUUCCUGGAGAUCAUGGACAAGGGCAUACACAAGAACGCAAGCGGUAACUGGGAAAUGCCCCUCCCUUUCCGCGACGAGCACCAGUCCAUGCCGAACAACCGCGCCCAAGCCAUGCGGCGCCUGCAAGGGCUCUUGAAGAUGUUUGUCAGAAAACCGGAGAUGAAAACGGACUACUUGGAGUUCAUGGGGAAGAUAAUCGAGAAAGGCCACGCCUCUCCCGUCCCGCGCGAUGAAGUACCGCCUUCCGCUGGCCGUUUCUGGUACCUACCGCACUUCGCGACGUACCACAACACAAAGCGCACCAUUCGCGUCGUGUUUGACUCGAGUUGCGAAUUUCAAGGAGUCUCGCUGAACAAAGCGCUUCUACCAGGGCCAGACUUGAUGAACAACCUCAUCGGUGUUCUAAUACGCUUCCGAAAGGAGAAUGUUGCCGUGAUGUGUGACGUGGAGCAAAUGUUCCAUUCGUUCCAUGUCGACCCUAAACACAGAGACUUCCUUCGUUUCCUUUGGUUCGAAGGAAACGACCCGACAAAACCCGUCACGGAGUACCGCAUGAACGUUCACCUGUUCGGCAAUGGACCGAGCCCCGCAGUCGCCACGUACGGACUCCGCCGAACAGCGGUAGAUGGCGAGGAGGAGAAUGGAGAAGAGACCAAGAAUUUCAUAUGCCGCAACUUUUAUGUAGAUGACGGCUUAGCUUCGCUGCCAACCGCUGGACGCGCGAUAAAACUAGUGAAAGGCGCGCAAGCCACCCUGGCCACUGCCAAGUUACGACUGCACAAAGUUGUUUCUAACUCCGUUGAAGUCAUGGAAGCAUUCCCAACCGAAGAUCGAGGCAAAGAUGUGCGUGACUUAGACCUGCGCUGUGACAGUCUACCAGCGCUACGGUCACUCGGAGUUUUCUGGGACCUAGAGACAGACACCUUCACCUUUGAAGUGUCCCUGCCAGAAAAACCGUUUACUAGAAGAGGAGUUUUGUCUAUCGUCAACUCUGUAUAUGACCCGCUCGGUUUCGCGGCACCCGUCAUGCUCGAGGGGAGAAAGAUACUUCAGCAGCUGGUACUUAUGGGAGAACGGAGAGCUGAGAACAAAACCCCCUUAGCUUGGGACGACCCCCUUCCCACUGUUAUGAUGAACAGAUGGACGCGUUGGAGAGACUCUCUCGUCGAACUCCAGCACCUGUCCGUUCCCCGCUGCUACCACCCAAGAGAAUUCGGGACAGUAACCAGAGCCGAACUGCACGCCUUCUCAGAUGCUAGUCAGGAUGCCAUAGGAGUCGCUGUCUACCUCCGCCAGCUGAACGAAGCGAACGAGAUCUCGACAUCACUUGUCUACGGCCAAGCAAAAGUUGCCCCUGUUACCCCUACCAGCAUACCACGACUGGAACUGUGCGGAGCAGUGCUAGCAGUCCAAGCAGCUCAAAGAGUCCUUAAAGAAAUCGACAUGGAGAUCGCUGAGGUGAUAUACUACACCGAUUCAAAGGUAGUACUCGGCUACAUCGCGAAUGAAAGCCGCCGAUUCUACGUUUACGUGGCCAACCGAGUACAGCUAAUCAGGAGUCUGUCUACCCCGGAGCAAUGGAGAUACGUGGAGAGUGAGCAGAACCCCGCAGACUUGGCCACUCGCGGAGUUCCCCCCGACAAGCUGAUGGAAUCGAGCUGGCUCAAAAGCCCAGAAUUCCUUAAGAAACCGGAGACCACCCCUCAAACAGAUGAAAUGUUCACCCUCAGCACCAACGAUCCCGAGGUUCGCAAAGGAGUGCUCAGCACUAAAGUCACCACUGAUAAAGCCAAAGGGAAAGGCCUUGGAGCACCAAGAUUCAAGAGAUUCUCUUCCCUUAAGUCUCUGCAGCAAGCGGUCGCCAGGCUUAUUGUAGUGGUCAGAGAGUUCAAACGCCGUAGAGAACCCAAAACAGGAAGUGUUCAUCCCAGAAACGAACCGCUCAAGGUGUCAGACAAACUCAGACCCUCGACAGUGAUUCGGAUCCUGCGAACUGGGAGCAGACCCCCGACAGUUGAAGAACGAGAUCAAGCCCUACGGGUCAUAAUCAUCACCACACAGAGAGAAGCAUUCGGCGAAUUGUUGCAAGAUGCCAGAACGGAACCCGAGCUACCCAGAGAAACACAGCAAAGCGUAAAGAAAUCCCUCAAAGGUUCACGGCUGUAUCACCUCGACCCGUUUCUUGACGCCUACGGGAUCCUGCGAGUAGGGGGUAGAUUAAGGAGAGCAGAGAUGGAGUAUGGAGAGAAACACCCAGUUGUGUUACCGAAGAAUCACCAUGCGUCGCAGCUGGUUGCAAAGCAUUACCACGCCCAAGUACACCAUCAAGGGCGACUGAUUACAGGAGGAGCCAUUCGUCAAGCAGGAUUCUGGCUCAUCGGGGGCCACGAUACAGUGACCAAAGUCAUCAGUGCCUGCGUUCCCUGCAAGAAGCUAAGAGGACCACCGUUAGAGCAGCGCAUGGCAGACUUACCACGAGAUAGAACUGAGGUCUGUCCUCCCUUCACGAACGUCGGCUUCGAUGUGUUCGGCCCCUGGAUGGUGCAAACACGCAAAACCAGAGGAGGAGCUGCAAAUGCUAAACGCUGGGGUCUGGUGUUCACGUGCCUUAGCAGUAGGGCCAUACACAUAGAGGUCCUGGAAGCGAUGGAUACCAGCGCCUUUAUCUGCGCACUAAGAAGGUUCUUCGCACUGCGAGGCCAUGCCAAGCUUCUCAGGUGCGACCGGGGCACCAACUUCGUUGGAGCAAAAACAGAGCUCAAAGAUGCAUCGUCGGAGCUCAACGAGGAGAAAGUGAAGAAAUUUGUAACGGAGAGCGGAUGCGAAUGGGAGCUCAACCCUCCCCACGCAUCACACUUUGGCGGAGUCUGGGAACGGCAAAUCAACACCAUCAGACGAGUACUGGACGCCAUGUUCGCUGAACUGGACGCGUCCAGCAGGACCUUCCCCAGGUCAGUUCUUACAGCCUGA